GUGAAGCUGACACAUAUGAAACUUCCCUGGUGUGUGUGGGUUUGUGUGAGACUGACAGACAGAGAGAGACAUUAGAGAAGGUAGUUGUGCCUGAGAGGUCUGUGUGCACCUUUGCAUUUGCUUGGCAUCAUUACCACCUGUCCUGCUGAAUGUCUAGGCUGGAGACAUCCAACAGUUCCCACCUUCUGGUCCUGGUCCGAGUCAAAGGGACAAGAGGGUUUUCUCUCCAGCCACAAUGAGUGAUGUUGUCAUUGUGAAAGAGGGAUGGCUACAUAAGAGAGGAGAAUACAUAAAAACAUGGAGACCAAGAUAUUUCUUACUCAAGAGUGAUGGAACAUUUAUUGGGUACAAAGAGCGGCCGCAAGAUGUUGACCAGCUGGAAACUCCACUUAACAACUUCUCAGUGGCCCAAUGUCAGUUGAUGAAGACAGAGCGACCGAAGGCAAACACUUUUAUUAUUCGGUGCCUGCAGUGGACUACUGUUAUUGAACGCACUUUUCAUGUUGAGACUCCAGAGGAAAGGGAGGAGUGGACGAAGGCUAUCCAGGCUGUGGCAGAUAGUCUACACAAGCAGGAGGAAGAGAGAAUGGACUCUUCACCUGACCCCAUGGACAUGGAGGUGUACCUGUCCAAACCUCGACUCAAAGUGACAAUGCAUGACUUUGAAUACCUCAAACUCUUGGGGAAAGGCACUUUUGGGAAGGUCAUACUGGUGAAGGAGAAAGCCACGGGCAAAUACUAUGCCAUGAAAAUUCUUAAAAAGGAGGUGAUAGUAGCAAAAGAUGAGGUAGCACACACACUUACUGAAAACCGGGUCCUCCAGAACUCCAAACACCCUUUCUUAACAGGUCUGAAGUAUUCUUUCCAGACUCAUGACCGAUUAUGUUUUGUUAUGGAGUAUGCAAAUGGUGGAGAGCUUUUCUUUCAUUUAUCGCGAGAUCGUGUUUUUUCGGAAGAGAGAGCACAGUUUUAUGGGGCAGAGAUCGUCUCAGCCCUGGAUUACCUUCAUUCUGAGAAAAAUGUGGUUUAUAGAGACCUAAAGUUGGAGAAUUUGAUGCUGGAUAAAGACGGCCACAUAAAGAUCACUGAUUUUGGCCUGUGCAAGGAGGGAAUUACAGAGGGAGCCACAAUGAAGACGUUCUGUGGUACACCAGAGUAUCUGGCUCCUGAGGUUCUUGAGGACAAUGAUUAUGGCCGGGCGGUGGACUGGUGGGGGUUGGGUGUAGUCAUGUACGAGAUGAUGUGCGGCCGGCUGCCCUUCUACAACCAGGAUCAUGAGAAACUCUUUGAAUUGAUCCUCAUGGAUGAGAUCCGUUUUCCUCGUACACUUGGACCUGAGGCAAAAUCUUUGCUGUCAGGACUACUUCAGAAAGACCCAAAGCAGCGGUUAGGUGGAGGUCCAGAUGAUGCAAAAGAAACCAUGCAGCAUAAGUUCUUUGCAGGCAUUGAGUGGCAAGAUGUUUAUGAGAAGAAGCUUGUUCCACCCUUUAAGCCCCAGGUAACCUCAGAAACAGACACUCGCUAUUUUGAUGUGGAGUUUACAGGUCAGACCAUCACCAUCACACCCCCAGGCCAAGAUGAAAACAUGGAGUCCUUUGACAGUGAUAGAAUACCCCACUUCCCUCAGUUCUCAUAUUCUGCCAGUGGCACAGCAUAAAAACCCUUUAAAAGAAUACUUGACCUAGAAAUUUCUGUGAUCAUUUACUUACCCCCAUGUCAUUACAAGUCAGUAUGACUUUGUUCCUUAUGGGAAACUUAAAUAGAUUUUUUUAUUAAUAUCCUGGCAACCCUUCCAUUUUUAGAGUUUGAUAUCAUGUCCACACUACUGCAACAGCUUCAGAUUGUCUACACUUACUGGAUGUAUCAAAGUGAAGUUACAAUCCAUUCGUCCAGUUGUCAGAAGGGUUCAUGUGCAUGGAGUACACCAAAGAUAGAACGGGACAUCAGUUUACUGUUGGAUAUUUGUUGUGUUGCGCAACGUCCAGUGUAUACAGCAUCACUAGUUAUAAGGUUCUGUUUGCUUUUGCGGUGUCACAUCACAACGCUUGUGUAGACAUGGUGUGACAGUCACCAGAUUUGUAACAAUAUGAGGUUAAAUAAAUUAUGACAGAAUUUUCAUUUUGGGGUGAACUGUUCCUCACUAAUAACACACACACAUGUUCUACACAAGUACACUCCCCUGAGACACUGCUAAUAACUUAUUCAUAGCCAGUGCUGCACAAUAUUUAUUUUGUAGUAACACCCUUCAAUACUGGAUUCACAAUGUAAAGAUUUUAUCGGUGAUCAUUAUUCAGUCCAAUUCUUUAUUGAGCAUGUUGCUAGGUUUUUGAAACCGGCUCGAAACUCUGUUAGUCAUUUAUAAAUUCUUACAAAUGCACUUAAAUUCUUAAAUUUUAAGACAUCACCAAAAAUGAAAAUUCUGUUAUCAUUUACUCACCCUCAUGUUGUUCUUUCUCAUGUUUUUUUCUACAUAAGUUGUACUUAAAAUGUGGUUCUUAAGUAUGAAUGUAGUGUGUCAUGGUUGUGUCCUGUGAGGACACAAUAUUACCUGAAUACCAAAGAAGUGAUGAAUUACAGUUACGUUAGAGACUUAUGUUUGAGUAUAAUUUUUUUUUAAAGAUGGUUUGAUUCUAUUUUAGAAUUGUCUUUCAAAAGAUUCAAAGCAUUUGCCAAAAUCCACUCAGAUUUUUCUCAAACAGAACAGCUACGUCUAGAAAUUCAGUAUAGUAGAUUGUUUUGCACCAUUGAGGACAUCACUAUUUGCAUGAUCUUUACAGUGAUGAAACUGAAGGUUUCAGCUAGUGGUAAUAGAGGUUAAUUAGUUAAAUAAUUUUUAUGUCAAUGCAAUUUACAAGAUUUCUAAGAUCUGUCGAUGAUAUUUAUUUACACUUUCAUGACUCAAAAUUUUUAAAAAAGCAAAAGAAAAUGAAAAAAAAAAAUGCCUUCAUGUGAGUUUAUUAUAGCGGGAAAUGGUUAUACAGCAUAAACUAAAAUUGCCAAACAAUCGAUGUAAUUAACUUAAUAGCAUUCUUCUUACAUGGAUUUAUA